AUGGAACAUGAGAAUCUGGAGCUGAGUCCUCAACCCAACAUGGCUGCCACAGCCGAUGAGGCGCCUCAGGGCACGAAACGAUCGCGAGAUGAGGCCGAGGGCAAUGGCGUCCCUCCAGCGGGCGGCGACGACGAGAGCGAAUCGAGCGACGACGACAUUGGACCAGCCCUGCCUUCAGCCGAACAGCCACAGAAGAAACGACGAAAGCUGCCGUACGAGAAGCAGUACAUUGCAGCGUUGCCGAGCGCGACGCGAUAUUCGAAGUCGUUGAUGCACAAGGAGCAGUUAUCCUUCGUCAACAUCACCCCGCACACCGCCUUCCUCAUCACGAGUUCUGUGGAUGGCUACGUCAAGUUCUGGAAGAAGACGUCUGGAGGCAUUGACUUCGUCAAGGAAUACAGGGCGCACGAGGGCGAAAUACGGAGUGUGACUGUGAGCUCCGACGGGCGAAGCUAUGCCACAGCUGGAGCAGACAACACGAUCAAGAUCUUCGAUGUCGCAACCUUCGAUCUGCUGGCCAUGCUGGAGCCAGAGACGCCAGCCAGGUGCAUAUGCUACGUUCACGGGAAUGGGACAUCGUAUCCGCUUCUGGCGCUAUCAAGCGAGACGGAUGGAAGCAUCACCAUAUACGAUGGCCGAGGAGAAAACCAGCAGCCUAUGCACACCAUCGCCAGUUUGCACCGCAAACCUGUACAUGUUAUGGCAUACAACAACGCGUAUGAUUGUGUCAUAUCAGCAGAUGAAAGCGGUAUGAUUGAGUACUGGCAACCGUCCGGCUCGUUCGAGAAGCCUGACAAUGUCUUCGAGAUCAAGAGCAGCACAUCGCUGUUCGAGUUCAAGAAGGCCAAAUCAGUACCGAGCUCCAUCACGCUCUCACCCACAGGCGAGCAGUUUGCGACUUUCUCAUUUCCCGAUCGGAAGGUGCGGCUAUUCGACUUCGCGACCGGCAAGCUGCAGCGGACGUAUGAUGAGAGCAUCACGACCAUCACGGAGAUGCACCAAGCUGGAACACUUACCAAACAGCCACUGGAAGCCAUCGAAUUUGGUCGCCGUAUAGCGGUGGAACGGGAGCUGGAGCACCCUGCUGUGCGCAAUCGCAUCAAUGUCAUCUUCGAUGAAAGUGGCCACUUUGUGCUGUACGGCAGCAUUCUUGGUACAAAAGUCAUCAACACGUUUUCGAACCGAGUCGUCCAAAUCUAUGGUCGGGAUGAACCGUUUCGGCCGUUGAAUCUGGCACUGUACCAAGGACAGCCAGAGAAGAAGGUAGUCGUCACUGUACAAAUGGCGACAUCAGACAAUCCACUUCUAGCUGAAGCAGAAGCACGAGAUGCUAUGCUUGUAAGCACCGGUUCUGGCAAAGUGCGAUUCUACAUGUUCACGGACGAGGAUAACGUCUCGAAAUCUGAUCGUGACAUUCACAACGAGAAACCGCGCACCCUCAAUGCCACCAGGAAGGCAGAAGAAGAAGCUCGCGAGGCGCGUAUUGGCACAUCUGCUACCAUACACACGACGAUGGGCGACAUACAGAUCCGCAUGUACCCUCAACAUGCACCGAAAGCAGUUGAGAAUUUCACGACACAUGCACGCAACGGCUAUUACAACGGCAUCAUCUUCCACAGAAUCAUCCGGAAAUUCAUGAUACAGACUGGGGACCCGUUGGGCGACGGCACAGGUGGCGAGUCCAUCUGGGGCAAGGAGUUCGAGGACGAGUUCACUCCUGAACUCCGACACGACAAGCCCUAUACGGUCAGCAUGGCCAAUGCAGGUCCCGGUACGAAUGCUAGUCAAUUCUUCAUCACCACCGAACGCACACCUUGGCUGGACGACAAACACACAAUCUUCGGGAAAUGCAUCAAAGGAAUGGACGUUGUGCAUAUGAUUGAAAACACGAAAGUGUGGAAGGAAAAGCCGGUCGAGGACAUCAAGAUCGUGAACGUCAGCAUCGGUUAG